UGAAGCACUGCUGCCAUUUUGACCUCUGGACCAGCGUAAGCCCAGACCAACCAAGCUCCAUCCUCCAACAGAGUUCUUCACUUCUUCCUCUCUUCCCGAGCCAGCAGCAGCUAGCUUCCCCAUCCCGGCCCCCUCCCCUCAAUUGAGUCAAUUCCCCCAGAGGAGAAAUGGAGAAUAAUCUACCAGUCAAUAUCCGUGAGUACCAAGAACUGGCCAAGAAAGCACUGCCAAAGAUGCACUUUGAUUAUAUCAAUGGGGGAGCGGAGGAUGAGCACACGCUGAGGGAGAAUAUUGCAGCAUAUGGAAGAAUUGUGUUACGACCUCGAUUUCUUGUAGAUGUCAGCAACAUAGACAUGUCAACAAACUUAUUGGGAUAUGACAUGCCCUCACCCAUAAUGGUCGCGCCAACAGGGGCACACAAAUUAGCAAAUCCAGAAGGGGAAGUGGCUACAGCAAGAGCAGCCGCAUCAUGUAACAGCGUAAUGGUGCUCUCCUUCUCAUCCAGUUGCAAAAUCGAGGAGGUUGCCUCCAGUUGUAAUGCGAUUCGCUUUUAUCAGUUAUAUGUGUUCAAGAACAGAGAUAUUUCAGAAACAUUGAUACGGCGGGCCGAGAGUUAUGGAUUCAAGGCGAUUGUUUUGACAGUUGACACCCCUGUGCUCGGUCGGCGUGAAGCUGAUAUUAGAAAUAAGAUGAUUGUCCCAUGGAAUGAAAACCUCGAAGGUUUAUUGUCAUUUGAUGAUCUUGAUACAACAGACGGAUCUAAGCUCGAGAAAUAUUCACGCGAGACGCUGGACCCGUCUUUAUCAUGGAAGGACGUGGAGUGGUUGAAAUCCAUAUCCAGCCUCCCAAUUCUACUGAAGGGCAUCGUCACCGGCGAGGACGCGAGGAGAGCGGUUGAGGCCGGUGUGGCGGGGGUGAUCGUGUCCAACCACGGCGCUCGGCAGCUCGACUACGCGCCGGCCACCAUUUCCGCCCUCGAAGAGGUGGUGAAGGCGGUUGCGGGGGCGGUGCCGGUGCUGGUGGACGGCGGGGUGCGGCGAGGCACCGACGUACUCAAGGCGCUGGCGCUGGGCGCGCGGGCAGUGAUGGUGGGGAGGCCAGUGCUGUACGGGCUGGCGGCGAGGGGCGAGGCCGGGGCCAGGCACGUGCUCGAGAUGCUGAACUGGGAGCUGGAGGUGGCCAUGGCGCUCUGCGGCUGCCGGAGCAUCGCCGGGAUCACCCGGGACCGUGUCCAGACCGAGGGCGACCGGAUCAGGUCCCUGCUGUGACCAACCGACCGUGAGGCGAGCGCGACCCAGGCGUACGCCGUGCAGUGCAGGAGCUACCUAUUGCAUUGUCGACAUGUAUAAAUUGAGAGUGACGUUCAUAGGAGAAACGAGAUCUAGCGCCAGUAGUGGCUAAUAAGGAUCUUGUAAAAAGGGAAAGGCGGAUUGUGCCUGUGCCGUGGCGUCAGGAAAGGACUUGAUACAACACAUGUUCGGCUUCUCGCCCGGCUUUGGUUUUUUCUAAUGUUCCUAAGAUGUUUCAUCUUUCGAUAGAUUUGAACCGAAGUAUUUACAUCUUUUUUUCAUUGUACUCCGUAAUAUAUAUACCCCUUUAUUAUGUUCAA